AGCUGUCGAUGUGUUUUGGGUGACGUUCUCUUGUUUUCAUUUUCACCGCAAUCAGCAGCAAACACAGCCAGUACACGAGAGUUUUUGUAAAAGUGGAUACGUGUUCUUGCUUAGUUAAAUAAUAAGAUUUAUUCUAGUUUUUCAGUAGUUUAUUAGCUAAGACCAGCGGGUCCACACACAGAACCAUGUCGGUUACGGAGUAUGUCCAGCUGGCACUUUUAUUCGGUUCUGGCUUUAUAUUCUUCCUGAUGAUUGUGAUUGGAAUCAUCCUCAAAGUGACAACCACUCCAUUUCCGCACAUUGUUCGCCACAAAGAGGAAGAGACCUUCGCGGAUCCGACCACCGAUGAAAGAACGAAGUUUCCUUCGCUCGAAGAUCCACCAUCUCUGGAGCUGAGCGUAAUCGUGCCUGCGUUUGACGAAGAAAAACGACUCCCGGUAAUGCUGGACGAAUGCCUCGAAUAUCUCGAAUCUCGACGGAAAGCGGAGAAAUCCUUUUCCUACGAAGUCAUCGUCGUAAGCGAUGGCAGCCGCGACAAAACCGUACAAGUGGCCCAGAAAUAUUGCGCUAAGCAUGGCACCGAUAGGGUUCGGGUGCUAGCCCUCGUUCAAAACCGUGGCAAAGGCGGUGCCGUUCGAUUGGGAAUGCUCAGCGCCCGGGGUCGAUUCUUGCUGUUUGCCGAUGCCGAUGGCGCAACAAAAUUCCCGGACUUUGCCAAACUGGAACAAAGCAUGGCCCAGCUGUGCGGCAACGACCACACCAGAGAUGCCAUCGCAAUCGGUUCCCGAGCGCACCUGGAGCAGGAAGCCACCGCCCAACGGACCCUCUUCCGGACGCUGCUCAUGCACGGUUUCCACUUCCUGGUUUGGACCUUUGCGGUGAAGAAGAUCCGAGACACCCAGUGCGGUUUCAAGCUGUUGACCAGGUCGUCCGCGCGGAAGGUUUUUGCCGUGAUGCACGUGGAACGUUGGGCCUUCGAUGUGGAACUGCUGUUCAUUGCCCAGUCGUACAACAUUCCGAUCGAGGAGAUUGCGGUGCGUUGGACGGAAAUCGAAGGCUCCAAGUUGACCCCGUUCUGGUCGUGGCUUCAGAUGGGACGGGAUUUGAUCUUCAUCUGGUUCCGCUAUGCGAUAGGGGCGUGGCAGCUGCGGAAGGAACACGCGAACUGAUCGGCCAGUUGAUCUCAAUGUGGAUGAGUGCUGUGCAUUUCUUUUUUUUUUAGUUUGUAAUGUGUGGAAUAUAAGUGUUCCAUAAUCUAUUCGUAAGACGUAUAAUUUUCAUAUAUUACUUUUAAUAAGGUAACCUAAACUGUAAAGACUAGCGUGCACUUACAAAAUCAUAAAUAAAUGGCUCAAAGAAUCCAA